CCUUAUUCAUGCACAAAACGACUUUUAUAGUUGAUGAUGAUUUGUGACUGCUUCUCGAUUUGUUCACAUAUCAAAAUACCAAACAUUAAUCCGUAAACUUAUGGACAUCAAACAAUAUCACUCUCUAUAAAGGGUACACACUUUAAUCAAGCAAAUAUUUGAAACACGAGGACUUAAUACCUCCAAGAGUCAAAUGGACGCCAAGAAAGUAGCUGGGCGAGAUUGUCGUAAUCUCUAUUUAACAUGUAAACAUGGUGUAAUGACCAUAUACGAAGUUAUUCCAAUUUAAUGCAACGCUGUGAAAGUCAUUUCGCUACAUUUGGGAGGAUUCCGGAUAGCUCUCGAAAAUAUUGUAAAAAAUUGGUAAAUAAGAAGUUUAAUAUCAAGUUAUUAUCUUUAUGGUGUCAAAUAAUACAUAAAGUAAUAAAAUUUGUCGAAAGGAGCCGGAAAAUUCAUUUGUAUUGACCGAUAAUAACAAAUGCAAAUUUCACAAUUUUUGACGGGUAUAGGAAAUAGAAAAACAAUUUGGCAAACAAAGAAAUGGAAUAACGUUAAAAAGAGAAGUGCCGAAAAGAAGAUACAAAGGGAAAGCAACAAAAGCGGUGAACACGGUUUUCAUUGCAUUGCACGGAAAAUAUAUGUGCAGCAAAUAUAAAUGAAGCGAAAUUGAAAUCGGUAUAGCCAAGUGUUCGUAAACCCAGUAGUUGUCUAUUUAAUGCGAGUAGGAGUCGGAAGGGGUAGGCAAUGGUGAUUAAAACGUCGCAUUAAGAACAUUUUCUAAGGAGCAGGGAAGAACGUCCAACUUGAUUUUUGCCGCUUUGAAAAAAUCAUACAUAUUUGCAACGAACAAAGAAGUGCUCACAGAAGGACCUGAACAACCUGAAUUAAUGCAUUGAAUCAAGUAGACGAGAAGUAUAAGAAAAUAGCAACAAAGGAGUGCAGAUCAGUGAUCGAAAUAUUCGUGGAUUUCUUCAGUUUAUACCUGAACCCAUAAAAUUUAAAGUUCAGUAAAUAUCUUCUGGCGCUGAAACCAUGGCUGAUCCUGAGAAGCAGAGCUUGAUUAACAAUGAGGAGACCAAUAAUACGUACUCUACAGGUCAGCCUAGUGCUGUAGUGGGCAGUGUUGAGGGCGGUGAAGCAGGUGCGGCUAUUAUUGCUGGAGCAAAUUCAACUGAAGGCGGUGUUUCCCAAGCAAAUGUUCCGUUUGUGGGUCCCGAUGAAUUGCCACCGCCAUAUCAGGCAAACACUGGAACUGGUGUACCAAUGGUUACAUGCAGGGUGUGCCAAAACAUGAUCGAUAUUACGACAAAAAGGGAUCAACAUGUAGUGAAGUGCAGCCACUGCAAUGAGGCAACUCCAAUACGUAAUGCCCCUCCUGGCAAGAAGUAUGUGCGUUGUCCAUGCAACUGUCUGUUGAUUUGUAAAAGUUCAUCGCAGCGCAUAGCUUGUCCUCGGCCUAAUUGCAAGCGUAUUAUAAAUUUAGCACCGAGUCCAGUUACCCCACCCGUACCGGCUAUGCCAGGAAUGUGCCGUGUAACAUGCGGACACUGUUCAGACACAUUUUUGUUUAAUACAUUUCACAAUGCAUUGGCGCGUUGUCCCCACUGCAGAAAAGUUUCGUCUGUAGGAUCGCGUUUCGCUUGCGGACGUAGUAUUUUAUUCGCUAUACUAGGACUGCUAUUUCUUAUUGCGGGCAUCGGGAUUACUGUUGGCACGUACAAGUAUGCAAAGGAUCACGGCGGUAUCGUUAUUGCUUAUAUUGGCCUAUUUCUGAUUGCAGCCUUUUUGGGUGCACGUUCUGUUUAUUAUUUCCGUUUAAAAGUAAGCGCCAUAGAUGGUCCGAUGUAAGGGCGUAUUUAAAUGUUUUUGUAUCAUUCCUUUCGAUAUUAACAAAACAAACAACCCAACAUAAACACAUUAAGCAUAUUAAAAAGCCAGAGGAGAUAGAAUGAAAAAGCAGGUAUAGAUACAUAAAAGAAACUACUUAUUACAGACUACAUUCACUAAUGAAUAAUUCUUAAAACACACCGUAAAAUGCAUAGUUCACCACUCUAAAUAAAUAUGCAAUCGAACAAAAAACAUUGCAUUAUAAUUAAUUAUUCGAACCGGGUAAAAAUAAUAAUAUUGUAUUAAUGUAGUUCUAACGCAUGUAACACGCUGCGUUAACAUAAAUGAUAAAUAUUUGAUAAAUCCACUAAUGCAAUACCCCUUUUUGUACAACGUAUAUCUCAACAGUCAAACAUGAAGAAUGUAGGAAAAGUCUUACUUAAUGCGCGCCUAAAUAUUUAUGCAGAAUAUGUUGUUAAAAAGAAAACACAAAGAAAGACAACUUUUUACGUAAUAAGUUCACAGUUUUUUUUAAAUAGUUUGGUCGCUUGGAAAAAUUCACUUUGUUUGGAUAUGGUUCUGCUUUGCUUAUAAAUUACAAUUUUUAUCAUAAAUUAUGAUUUUGUAACUUUUGUAAUUGUAUUUGUACGUAAAUGUUUUUAUUCCCUGGCUGAAUUACAACAAAUAAUGUUGAUAUGCGGUGCAUACGCGAUAGAUUAUAAUUAUUCAACACACACAAACGAAAAACGAAAAAUCCCGCUUCCGUUACAAUUUGUCUUAGAUAUAAAGUCCAACAUACUUAUAUAAAAAAUGAAUACACGUGUUGAUAGUUCUCACAUGUAUGAAGUUGUCCUGCAGCUAGUAAACGCAUGUUUGUUGAUUAGCCUGUAAUAAUUUCGGUCACUUAAGAUCGAAAAUAAUAUGUAUAAAUUUAAAAAUUAUAAGCCUCGAGUUUUCCAAAUGGUUCAAGUAUAAAUUUAACGGAAGCAUUCAAUAUGAGAAAAUGAAGGCAAAGGAAAAGGAGAGCAAAUCUGAAUUCUAUAAAACAACAUUUAAUAUUAACUAUAUAAUUAAAUGAAAUAUUAUGAAACUUAUACAAUUAUAUUUAGAUUAUUACGAUAUACUGUAAAUAAACGCGAAAAAACCAAAGGAA